GGAUAGUAAACACGAGGAAUCGGUAUAUAUAAUCUAAUAGCUUUUAGGGUAACAGACUGAUUUUAGAUGAUAGUCAUAUUUCUCAUUCAAUCAAUAGCUUUAAUUUGAUCCUGUGAACGUCAUCAUGAGGAAGGUCUUGACUUACCUUUCGAGAGCAGUUACAAAAUUUCCAUCGCAACAUCAGUGUCAUUUUAACAAGUUGAAGAGGAGUAUAUUAGAAACAAAUCACUGCCUAAUAGUAUUUUCUCACUGCUUACAUGAUAAUAAAAACCAAAGGCCACCUUGGAACUAUGAUAAGCUGACAAACUGGGGCUAUGGUCAAAAAGAUGGUCCAGACACCUGGCAGCAGCACUUCCCAGAGGGGGCAGGGUACCAGCAAUCUCCCAUUGACAUAGAUACCAGCAAAGUUCAGUUUGAUCCCAGCUUGGCUAACUCCCCUCUAAAAUUUAAGUAUGGCAUUUGUCAAGGAGCAACAGUAGACAAUACAGGGAGAUCACUCAAGAUUAACAUCAACCAAUCUUCAGAGUUGACAGGAGGUCCAUUGCGAGAUACAUUUCAUUUGGAGCAAUUUCAUCUUCACUGGGGCUCAACUAAUGACAAGGGAUCAGAACAUACAAUAGAUGGCAAGCUUUUUGCAGCCGAGUGGCAUUUUGUUCACUGGAACCUGAAGUACGGGAAUUUCCUGGAAGCAGCCUAUCAGCCUGAUGGUCUGGCUGUUGUUACAUACAUGGUCAAUGUUGGUGCUGAGCACAAAGAAUUUAAAAAACUAACAGAUGUUUGUCCCAAAUUAGAGAAAGCAUAUACGUCAGUGAAACUCACUCAACCUUUCGAGCCACUAAAGAUGCUAAAAAAUGAUGUUUCUCAGUACUGGACGUACCACGGCUCCCUGACCACGCCCCCUCUCCUGGAGACUGUCACCUGGAUCAUAUUUAGGAAUCACGUCGAAAUCUCCCAAGAACAGAUGGAUGCUCUGAGAAAACUGAAAUUUCCAGAGGGUCAGUGUAUGGUGGAUAACUGUAGACCCCCUGGGCCUGUCCACCAGAGAUCAGUCAGGGCAUCAUUCCAAGAAUCCUAGACUCAGUAACAGCUACUCACCAACAGCUACAAAAACUGCCUAUAAUACCAUGUUUACUUCAGACCACUCAGUCAUACUCUGACUUUGUGGGGUCAAUGUAUAGAUUAGAGUAUUAUGGAAACUGAUUUCUCUCUUAUGGAGCUGGAUUUUAGAGAGCGGAAAACCACUGAUUCCAACACUUUUAAUGACUAUUUAUGGCUUCAUUUUGAAUACUUAUUUAAUACAUUUACAGAGUAUAUAUAUUUUGAAUUGGAGUGAAAUGCAAUUUUUCUAUUGGUUUUUCUAUGAUAGUAUUUUUUUCUUGCAUAAUAGUAACAAAUCUUCUUUAUUUAAUUAUACAGUGUGUGAGACUUUCUGCUGUGCUGUCUCUCAGGUGUAACUGAAGUUGUGACAUAUUUAAUAUUUAUUAAUAAAUUCAUACAAUU